UUACGGUACGUCAGUCGCGUACAACGGUUUUAUCACUUUUAUGGGAGUUUGUGACAAUAUGAAGUUGUGCGGUAUGGCUGUCGCUAAUGCUCGUAUAUACAGCAUGUCGCUUCUGAUCGGUAACCUCUACAUACAAUACGUUUAAGUGAUCCAUUUUCUGUUAAGUUUUGAAAAGAUUUGUGGUUCGAGUAAUAAUUUACUAAAUCGCCUGGCAAAUAGCAAGAUAUUUUGAGUUUUAUCGCGUUUAUUCCAUUAUGCAGAAGCAGCAGCAGAACCGCCUCGUUUUACGAGGUGACUGUGGACUGUGUUGAGCCGUGUAAUUUUUGGUUGUGUGCCAAUUUUUAACCGAAAGAGAAAGCCGCCCGGCAGAUCUUUGACAAAGACAACAACGUUGUAGUCGCUAAUUGUACAAUGUUACCAUCCGAUCGCAACAAACCGGCUUCCGGUCUUUUUGUGCCCGAUGUUGACUUCCAUCUCGGCGAAAAAUACUGUACUGCAAUCCGAAAAGCAAGAUCUCAGCCAUUUGUUAUAAUGCGUGUGCGUUCGCCUGCAAGAAUGAUGGCUCUUUCGAGAAAAAAUUUUCUGACGUGCAUUUUCAUGGUCUUUAUGUUCUACGUUGUGAUUUGCUUACAAGAACUUCGACGAAAUGUUCACAUAAUUUUGGAACCCCAUUCCCCUUCCACAUCGGUAUCACGAAUUUCCACCAGUUCGCAGUCCUCGCAGACGGAAAUAUAUCGCAUUGUCGGCGAAAAUGGGCAGAAUUCGGUUGCACGCGAAGGCGACGCGCUUCAUUUUGGAAGUGUAAAAACUUUUACGCUUCAUACUGCAUCCCUUACCAUGCAUGACCAGUCUGGCAACGAGCCUAAUAGGGAAAGCAUAACGCCAUUACAGUUGAAUGAUUUGCAUAUCAGCGUGAAAACAUCCAAAAAGUUCCAUCGCCAGCGACUGGAUAUUAUUUUGCAGACGUGGUUCAAAUACGCAAAAAAUCAGACUUACUUCGUAACCGAUGAACAAGAUGGAGAAUUUCAGCUGAAAACAGAUGGCCAUCUGAUAAUCUCCAGCUGUUCGAAUUCUCAUCAUAGGAAGGCUCUUUGCUGUAAGAUGGCGAUGGAACUGGAUUUCUUCUCAUCACUAAACAAAAAAUGGUUUUGCCAUUUUGAUGAUGAUAAUUAUGUGAACGUUUGGAAUCUCUUGGAUAUGUUGCGCGGUUAUGAUUACACCGGGCAGUGGUAUCUCGGUAAAACCAGCAUCAAAGCUCCCAUAGAAAUUUCCCAUUUAAAAUCAACUGGCGAAGACCAGAAUGCUGCUUUUUGGUUUGCUACCGGCGGUGCUGGUUUUUGUUUAAGCCAUGGAUUAGUUGAGAAAAUGAAGCCGCUGACAUCAGGAGGGAAGUUCAUGAGCAUCGGAGAAAAAAUCCGGUUGCCUGAUGAUGUUACUAUAGGCUAUAUUGUCGAACACCUUUUGAAAGUUCCACUUACAAUAAUCGAGCGCUUUCAUUCACAUCUGGAACCUCUGUAUCUCAUGGACCUGGAAACUUUGAAAACCCAGAUCAGUUUCGGCUAUUCAACGUAUCGCGGAAAUCAGAUGAACAGGGUAUCGGUUUCCGGUUGGAAUAGCGAAUCAGAUCCGACGCGAUUCCUUUCUCUCGAUUGUCUCCUUCGCCCUGAUAAUGAAAAAGGAGAUUGUCCUACUGUAACGGUCUCUGUUUAGAUCCUGCCUUCCUGGUUAAUAGGUAUGGCAGAGUGAUAAUAUUGCUCCAGUAUCUGCUUGACUAACAAUUAAUCUGUGAUGCCUUGGAGAAUUUUUGCACAUUGUUUUUUGUACGUUUGGAAUGCUUUAAUUUGUGAUUUCUUGUACAGAAUCUUUUUGAAGUUGACAAUUGUACGAGUGGAUUUUCCGUUGUAUAUGAGAGAAAAGAAAAAUAAUUCACGAAUAUG